CAACCGUGGGCCAUGUGCCAGCUGAUUCUCUUUUGUCUGAUAUACCGUGUUUAUACCAUGCUGUACGAACUAUCGCCGGGAGGAUAAAUAGUGCAGCAUCCCGCGAGACCUGUCUGGUCUCACCGUCCCCCAACACUCACAUCUACCAUCACUUAAUCACGAACAAAAUGAAGGUCGUCUCUGUUAUCGUGGCCGCUUGCGCCACGGCUGCCCUCGCCGCCCCUAUCAAUGUCAACGGCAAGACAGAACGCUCCGCAAGUACGCACCAAGUCCCCCACAGCUGCACCUCAUCGCUCUGCUAACCAGCCUGCCGCGAUUAAGAGCCCACAGAUACCCCCAAAGAGGAAGAUGCCCCAAUCGCCAAGCUCCUCGACAACAUGGUGAUCAAGGCCCCGGCCAGCAACUUCCAGACGGACGAGUCGGACGCCCGGCCUAUGUACAAGGUGCAGACAGAGCCGAGCAAGCCAGCUCUGCAGCGCGGGCCUGUCGUCCCCGCCGAGGAGACAGAGGACACUCCGUUCCUGUUUGCGCCCUUGGCUAAGCGGGGAGGCGGGGCUGCCUUUUUAGACACUUACAUCAAUCUCGUAGUCGCCGACGGUGGCAAAAGGGUAGCAGAGAAGAUCAACAAAGAGGCCGAGAAAAACAAAGAAGAAGAGGAAGAAGAAGAGGAAGAAGAAGAGGAAGAAGAAGAAGAGGAAGAAUACGACGACGACGACGACGACUUUUGGCUCCAGCGCCGCGGCGCCCUGGAGACGCCUCACCUCCCCCCCAACGCGACCGCCGCUAAGCACGACAACUGGAUGACCUGGCUGAGCGACUACGUAGUUUCGCAGUACCAGCAUGCAGCCCCGAAGGAAAUAAAAUCGACUGAAGAAGGAUCGGAAAAACAUGAAAACGACCCGUCUGCGCUCCGGCGCCGCAGCAAGCAGGAAUCGCCCACCGUGGUCAACGGCAAGGCCGUGUCCGACGAUACCCGCGAGGCAUCGUACCCGCUGUACGAUGACUACGGCAUCAAGUACACACAGCUCUGGCAUAAGCCGCCGUCGAAGCGCAGGCAUGGGCCCUUGAUCGUUGAGGAUGUUAGUGCCGAGGGCGAGGGCGAGCGAGCUGCUGACGGGGUUGGCGCCUAGGUGCGCAGGGAUUGAGAAGCUAGGAUCGUUCUGGGCUACGUGUGUCGUGCUGGACGCUUUGGUAGCCGAUGGAUGAUAUGGGAUUGGAAAGGCAUGCUCUGUAGGUUUUAGGUGUUGUUGCGC